AUGCGACACGUUUGGAUAAUACUGCUACCAUUCUGUCUUGUCUUCUGUGGAGUUGUGUUUGGAGGAGGUAACAACCCGAAAGGCUGCAGUGAACUGAAGGAAGAGAUGAAGGCAUUGCUUAACAAGGCAAUCAAGUUCAGUAGUCACCUUCCACAUUCGACAGAAUGUGUCAAAGUGGCUGCUAAAAAGAUUCUUUAUAGCAUAAAUAGAGAAGAAGAAAAGAAGAAACUCCCAGGGUGCAAAAAUGUUAGAACUUUAAUGAACCUAAGCAAUGUAGCGGAGUUGAGUAAGUUUAGCGGAUCAUGCCGCGGUAACUUUUUUCGACAAGAAUGAGUGAAUGCCACAACCGUUAGCUGUUUGUGUUUUGAAAAACACUAAUGUUUGUCUUUGUUUUCAGCUGCUGAAACAACUGGUAUUGAAUAGUUAUUAUAACGAUGUAAAAACUAAAGUAAAUUAGUGCGCAGUCCAUACAUGCUGGUGAUCAUGUAACAUGGAUGUUUACAAUACAGAUCGUUAUGUCACGUCAAGAAAAGAGCUACAGGAUCUGCACUCCUCUGCAUCCAGUUGUAGAUAGGCAUAUUUAAGCCUUUUUGUUCAAUACGUUUUACAAACGAGAAUCACUGGUUGACUUCGUUGCCGUUACCAUGAAUUUAUAUUUCACGAAUUCCUACCAUCUUCAACAAUCACCCCAACGAGUAUUUUCAUGUAUGACAUUCAUUUCAGAAAACUCACCAUGAUGUACGUUUGUCUGAUUAUUUCAUGUCAAGCACUUCAAGCCGUUAUCACAAUAAAGUCACAGGUGAAUAAAACGAAGCUGGCUAAUAUUAUGGCGAACUAAUACUACAUAUUUUCUAAAUAGGCUCUUGAAGUAACAAAAGAGUGUUUAGUAUAUUAAUGGUUAACUUUUAGCUUCUGCUAGUUAAUUAAAAUACAUCACAUCUUGAUUUUUGUGCAAUCAUGCGACAUCACCUGAUAAAAUAAAGUGUGCACAAAACAAUAGUGAAGGUUUCAAAAAUAAAGGGAAUUCGUAGGGAUACAAGGGAGAAUUUGAUUUUUUAUCAGAUUGAUCUCAGUUUAGUCAUUCCAAAGUUUUGAAAUGCCAAUAUUUGAGCCGUUGCCUCUGACUAAUAACCAUGUACUUUAUUCUUUACCCAUCACAGACCCUGCCACACACCCAAAAUGGUUGUUCACCAAGUUUAUACGUCAUCAUUAUAACACUUAAAUGAUCAUUCAUAGUAAAACUUCAUGUGAUCUGAUUUUACCUUCUCAUGUUUUAAAAAUAUAAUACUUC